AUGAGCGUUUAUGUGCUGAGUGCGUGUGUUUGUGAGGAGCAUGUCCUCUCAUGGCUGCAGUGUGAGCCCUGUCUGUUGCUGUGGCUCCCCACCCUGUACCGCCUGUCAAUCAGCGAGAACAUCACACACUCCCUACGCUUCCACACCUGCAAGGCCUACCCCAUCACUGGACUUAGGUAUCGCUGUAUGAAGUGUGUGAACCUUCAUCUGUGCCAAACCUGCUUCCUGACAGAGAGACACACAAGAAAACACAAGAGUUCCCACCCAGUGCUGGAGCACUGCACUGAGGCUCUUAGCAUGUCAGGGACACAUGCUGACGUCAUGCCUCAUGCUAAUGUCAUCCCACAUGCUAAAUACAGGCCAGAGAGAGACAUAGCUUGUCCUGUAGAGUCUCAGAGCUCUGCAUCUUCCUCUCGAUCCAGAGAAAGAGAGGAGGAGGAGGAGAGGGAAGAGGAGGAGAGGGAAGAGAAGGCGAGGGUAGAGGAGGAAGAAUGUUACACAGCAAAGAUGCAGAGGAAUGAGAUGAAGACAGAAGAUCAGAGAGGUGAUGAUGAUGAUGAAGAGGAGGAGCAGACUGACUCAGUCACAGAGACUCACACUCCCACAAUGCACGAGAGAAUUACCUCUAACCCACAGCCCUGUGAUGGGCAGGUCACUGGGCUAAUGAAAGACCAGUGUCUCUGAAGAGGAGUAUUCUGGGAUGUGUAGUUUAGUGGAGGAGCGACUGUGUGAGUUGGUGCAACGACUAAUAAGUGAGCUGUCGCUACACACUCACACACAUACAGACUGCAGACGGGAGUUGGAGUUGUUGGAGGCUGCAGAGGAAGUGGGGGACUCAGUGUGUCAUCUCGUCUAUGCAGUGAACACACACUCCGUCCCAAACGCACACACUUCAUGCCCCAUCCUCCUACACAACCACAGGCCAGAGUAUGAAUCCAGAAGGCUUCUCUAGACUUUGACGCCCGAUGACGUGAGUUAUUGUGUAAAAUCCAUACUUUCCUGUGUAAUACAUAUGAAACUUAUAUUUGUAUGAAGUACAGUUGUACUGAAAUGAUUAUGCUCUUUCAUUAGAGAAACCUAUGACAAAAUGUUUU